AGUUCCCGGCUCUGCACCGGCUCGACUUCCCGCCGCCCACGCGGGCGACUGCCGACGACACGGCACCGUCAGACAACCUCGCACCUCGUGUUGAUGAUGGUCGUAGUGUGGGCCGGAAGGAUCGGGCGCUGGUGCUGCCCAUUCUUGCUUCCGCAGAGCUGUCAUCGCCGCCGUCCAUGCAUCUGCCGUCGCCGCCGGCGCUCAACACCCCGACACAGGCCUCCGUCGCUGCUGUCGCGCGCGCCGCCAUGCCCGAGCCGGAUCAUGGCGGCGCGGUCGGACUUGGCGACUCGGUCGCCGCAGGUACCUCGGUCUCGGCCGCGCUGGCUGCCGGAUCGGCCAUGGCCUCUCUCUCGGCCUCGGCUGCCGCGGCGCACCAGGCCCACACGCCGCAUCACGGCGCCCCCCCUCCGCAACCCGCCCGCAACCUCUCAGUCGCGGCCAUCCUCUCGUCCGAGGUGGUUGACACGGAUGCACUCCGUGCCGCUGUCGUCCGCUCUGCCGGCGCCCCGCACGAGUUCCGCCCGCUGGUCUGGCGGCUCCUCACCGGCGCGCUUCCGCCGCCGCAAGCUGCUUGGGAGCUGGUGUCUGGGUGCUCGCGGGAGGCGUACAACGACCUCGCUGCGGUUGUCGGCGUUUUGCUUCCGUCCACGUACGCUGAUGUGCUGGACGGGCUUGCCAACUCGCUGCCGCCGCUCGCCUCGGCCCAUGCCGGCGAAGAGGAGGACGAGGCCGUGCGGACCAUCGCACUGCGCCUCCUCAGAGUCCAUGCCACCGCCGGCGCACUCUCGCCGGCAUCUACGCCGCGGCCAAACCUCCUCUCGCGACAGUCUAGCAGCGACGGCGAUCCCGACGCCGAAGCCAUGCUCGCCGACCUGCUUUUCGCUGACGAUCGCGACUCGGACGACGAGGUUGGCGGCUCGCACCUCCUUGCGCCACACGUUGUCUCGGCCUCGUCUCCACAUGCGCUCUCGCUCCACCAUCAGAUUGCAGGCAGCCUCGCCUCACACCCACAGAAGCGUAGGUUGGCCCGCCAGGCUGUCCCACCGCUCCCCGCGCUCCAGCUCCAGGCCGCAGCCGCGUACCUGACAGCGGCAGUCCUCGACGACGAGGCUGAGGCCUACGCCUGCUUCUCUGGCCUGAUGGACCGGGUGCUGGUCUCGGUCGUCGACGACUACCCUGACUGGCUCGACACCAUUGUCUCGCGGCUGAGCGGGCUCCUUACGUCAAAGUCUGCACGGCUUGCCGCCCACUUUGAUGAGCUCGAGCUGGACCUGCACCGACCGGUCUCGGCCUGGCUUGCCUCGCUCUUCCUGGGCACGCUCGCUUCCGACUCUGUCGAACGGCUGCUCGACUGCACUCUCGCUCUUGGCCCGGACCUGUUUGUGUUCAUGUCGUAUGCGCUGCUCUACUCGUAUACACCCAAGCUGCUCGGCUUCAAGUCGGCGGCCGCGGUCGAAGCCUUCCUCCUCGCCCUCCCCGCCGACGUGGAUGUCUCUGCAGCUAUCCGCAUGGCGUGCACUAUGACUGCCGACAGCGACGAGCCCCAUGCAUAGCACUGCCGCGCGAGAAGAGGUUAGUAUUCUUCAUUGUUACACCAUGCGCACCGAG